CCGCAGCAGUAAAACUGUAUCUCGCGCUUAUGGUUAAACUUUGCAAUUAAUCACAAGCGUGCCGAUCCGUGGGCGAGGAUCCGUACGGAUCACAGAUCAACUUCGAUCCGUUACGCCACUAUGCGAUAUGAUAUCUUGUGCGGGAGAUCUAAGAGUUACUGAGACCUGUGCUUAUGACAGAUCACAUACACAGCGGCUUUGGCAGCAGGGGCAGGUGGGCAGGUUGUUCAACCCCCUUCCAAGACAACAUCGGGACUUCGUACAACUGACCAUUUGCUUUGCAGCUCCCAUUAAGCGUAGCCAAGAUCAAACGGAGGAUUCGUCACAGUUCAUUUGUUUUUUGUUCCCUAUUCUUGCUUUGGAAAGAGAUCAUCAGCCUUGGGAUUCUGCGAAGCUGCGCAUUUCCAGCCACGUUCUUAGGUUCUUCUUGGGAUCGGUCAAGGUAUCAGCCAUAUUAAGGCAUGCUUAGUUAUAACGUGGCUGUACCAGAUGUAAAUAUAAAAUGAUUUACUUGUACAUAAGUUUCCCAUCGGUCAGCGAAGCCCUCGGCUGGGUGGCCCCGCUUGCUCCACCCCCAGUGAGGCUUGUAUGGACCUGAGCCCCUGCUGAAUGACAGCGCCGCGGAGCAGAGGUGCAUGAAUGCUUGUUGGGUUUGUUUCUUCAGCCGUGUCGCCGAGCAGUCGAGGAGCCCAAUUCCAACUGAAUGGAUUGGCAUGGGGACAAACGGACCCCAAACCCCGGCUGAGCGGCUGCUCUGCACCCCGGCCAUUGUGUGCAUGAUAGUUUUGCUUUCGCUGUGGCGCAGACCAGUGUGCGGCCAGCAGUGCCAGAUCAACCACUGCAAUGCGGAGUACGUGGCCUCCACGUCGCACUUCAGUGGCCACCAGGGGGAGCCGUUGCAGGUGGGGGACCCCUGCUCGGCACUGCGCGCCUACUCCCGCUGUACCCGCCGCACCGCGCGCAGUUGCCGCGGCGAUCUCGUCUUCCACUCGGCCGUCUUCCGCAUCCGCGAGCUCCUCGCCCAGCGGAAUUGCUCCAGCGACGGGCCCACUCCCAGCUCCGCCCACCCCACACGUCCCUUCGUACCCGAGACGUGUGACUAUGAGAGUCGGCGGCCAGCCGGCCCGCCCAGGAGAUACGCCCACUGCGGCCUGUUCGGGGACCCGCACUUGCGGACGUUCCGCGGCCAGUUCCAGACGUGCAGGGCGCAGGGAGCUUGGCCCCUCAUCGACAAUCGCUACCUGUCUGUGCAGGUGACCAACGUGCCCGUGGUUGCAGGUUCGAGCGCCACAGCCACCAGCAAGAUUACGGUGAUCUUCAAGGUGUUUGCCAGCUGCACGGAGCAGAAGGUGUAUCAGGCCACGACUGAAGACUUCCCCUCCGUGUUCCUGGACGGCUCUCGCGGUGGCGGCAGCCUGUGGAUUACGGAGAGGGUGGGGCCCCGGGGCCAGCAGGUGUGGAUCCAGGCCCGGCACGUGGGGGCGACCGUGGCGGUGCGGAGGGCGGGCCGCUAUCUGAGCUUUGCCGCACGGGUACCGGAGGACGUGCUGGAUGUCGGCAACGGCGGCUCCCUGCAGCUCUGCCGGGAUGGAUGCCCGCGUAGCGAGCUGAUCGACAGGCCCCUGUCGGGCCACCCGGAGCGAGCUCCCGCUCAGCCCCUCCCUCCCCGGCCGGGCUACAGCGCCGAGCUGGCCGCCGCACUCUGCCGCCAGACCCUGCGCACGGAGGACGUCUAUUUCCAACUGUGCGUGUUUGACCUACUGGCCACUGGAGACCUUGACUUCACUACGGCUGCUUUGGGGGCCUUGGAGGACUUUAAAGCACUGCCCCCCAGCCAGCUGGAACAGACCGCCCCCGAGAGACCUCACCUCUGUAGCACGGCCCCACCACGGACACUAGGCCCAGUGAUGACCACCCCUGGGCUUUUGGUGGCGCUAUUCCCCCUUCUGCUGCUGCUUUUGUAAAAGGAUGAUCUACCUGGACUAUAGUAUUGUAAAUUAUGAAAGCUGGACUCCAUCCAUCCAUCAAUUUUCCGUCACCGUUUGUCCUAUUCGGAGGGUCAGGAGCCCAGGAGGGGUGUGCCAACCCAUCGCAGGACACACUCACACACCAUUUACUCACACAUGCACUGAAGGCUAGACUAUCAUAUUAAAUAGAUGCAGCACUGUCUGGAGGAAUGGGGAUUCUGGGAUGCAUCUGUAUGUUGUUAUGCUACUUUGCUCAGUUUUCUGCCAGAUUCAGGAGACACAAAAAGUUACUAGGAAUUGUGGACUUCAAGGAUCAGGUUUUGAGGGCUUGUUAAGAGCAGAGUAACAGCUUGAAUGUGCAGUGCUUAAUACCGCUUCCUGAUUUUCGUGUAGCCAUGUAAAAGUGACUCACUGAUGGGUAAUGAGGCCUAUUUAGGCACCGAUUGUGCUAACUAGAAUAUAUAAUCAUAAAGGUGAUGGUAGUUGUUUUGUGAACAUAUUCAUUUUUAUACAGUCUGCUGAAUGGGGAGGAACUGAAAUAACAGCUCAUGACUGACUUUCACCCACAAAAGCUAGAAUUCAAAAAUAAUACCUGAUCUGUUGCUGUGUUUGACUCUGUCGACAGCUUAUGGUCUUUUAACCAAACCAUACCACACCCUGUGUGGCCUUCUGCUGUCAGUAGAUUUACUUCCAACCUAAUUGUCCAAGUUAAAAUAUGUAAAUAAUAAUAUAUUCAAAGAAUGUAUAUACAUAUUCUCUAUUAUGUAAAUGUUUGUACAUAAGUGUAUUACGACAAAUCACAAAAACUCUAUUUACAUGUAAGAUGGGAAAGAGUAUUUGUUGCAUUUA